GCCUCCACCGAUCUUAAAAAGAUUUUGGCUGAGAAAAUUCCUAAAGAACAAGAGCGUGUCGCGGCUUUCCGUAAAAAGUACGGAACCACCAAAGUUGGAGACGUUACAGUGAACAUGGUGGUCGAUAAGGACUAUACAUAUAAACAAAUUUGUAGGUUCUCGGAAUAAUUCUACCCGCCUAACAAUCGUAAUCUUUGUAUCACUUUCUCAAUGAUUUUCUGGAGGAAAUAGAAUUCUUUGUGUUUAAUUUAACGAGAUCUGACUAAGGAAAAAACUUAUGCAAUAAUAUAUGUAUGGUGGUAUGCGCGGGAUAUUAGGACUUGUAUGGGAACCGUCGGUUCUGGAUCCUGAAGAAGGUAUUAGAUUCCGAGGAAAGUCGAUUCCGGAAUGCCAGAAGAUUCUACCGAAAAUCAAAGACGAACCACUUCCGGAAGGUUUGUUCUGGCUGCUGAUUACCAAUGAUGUUCCUACAGAAGCCCAAGUGAAAGAAGUCUCUAAAGAAUGGGCCUCCAGAAGCGAAUUACCUGAUUACAUAGUCAAAAUUCUGAACAACUUCCCCAAGUCGGUUCAUCCCAUGCAUCAAUUCUCCGCGGCGCUCACUAUUCUAAGUACAGACAGUAUAUUCAGAAAAGAAUACGAGGCAGGUAUACACAAAUCCAAAUAUUGGGACCCCACUUACGAAGAUAUAAUGAACCUGAUUGCCAGAUUACCCGUACUCUGUGCCAUGAUAUACAGAAACCUUUACAAGGAUGGCAAACUCGGGGCAUCUGUAGACCCGGACGGAGACUGGUCUGGCAAUUUCGCAAAAAUGCUCGGUUACGAUGACCCACAAUUUGCUGAACUUUUACGAUUAUACCUGACGAUUCAUGCUGAUCACGAAGGUGGAAAUGUAUCUGCGCACGCGACCCAUUUGGUGGCUUCCACAUUGUCUGAUGCGUAUUUGGCAUUUAGCUCUGGAAUGAACGGUUUGGCAGGUCCUCUUCAUGGCCUUGCAAAUCAAGAAGUAUUGCUAUGGCUGAAGAAGAUUUGCGCUGAAAUCGGAGAUAGUCCCACUGAUGACGAGCUGAAAGACUUUAUUUGGAAGACGCUGAAGAAGGGUCAGGUCGUUCCUGGAUACGGUCAUGCCGUACUCAGAAAGACUGAUCCUAGAUAUAUAUGCCAAAGAGAAUAUGCAAUGAAGCACAUGCCGGAUGACAAACUAAUCAAGCUCGUUGCUCAAGUGUAUAAAGUAGUUCCCCCCAUUCUUAUGGAACUUGGCAAAGUAGCAAACCCAUGGCCAAAUGUAGAUGCUCAUUCGGGAGUUCUCUUACAAUACUAUGGAAUGAAAGAGAUGCAAUAUUACACUGUCCUGUUCGGAGUAUCGCGUGCUCUUGGUGUUAUGGCAUCUCUCGUUUGGUCUCGUGCUCUCGGCCUUCCAAUAGAAAGGCCCAAAUCUCUAAACACUGACAAACUUAUGGAAUUGGUUAAAGCUAAAUAAAAGAAAACUAUUCUUAUUCGUGAAAAAUUAUGGUCACUAGAGC